AUGCAGGAAACAGGGAUGAUGCUGACCAUGUCGCUCAUGCACACGGGACAUUUUACAUUGUGCUUGCGCUACGCUGCCAUGUGCGCACUCCGCCCGGCGUGGGUGUGCUUGCUGCUCGGCCUCCUGCCUCUGGAGAUCCAGUCCCAGACUCUGACUCUGCAGAGAACUCACAGACACAGGUUGAGUUUUCCCAGAACCUCUAAAUACCAAAAGUCUUCUUACCCCAGCAUCCUGCCUACUAUGUCUGAUCUCUCUGUUGCUGCUGACAACCAAAUUACUGAGGAAGACAGACAUAUCAUCUGGAGGGCCCUGCUCCUGCACAAAGAGCCCCCACCAAUGCUGCCUGACCCGUUGGUAGACCAAGGCCACAACGUGCUACCGGAGGCGCCAGUCUGGCAGCGUGGGUCACGGGGUCGUCGCCAUGCUGGUAGAGGGAGGGGCCAAGGCCACCUGAUGAGGGUGGGGUGCGUCCUAGGCACCUGUCAGGUUCAGAACCUCAGCCACCGUCUCUACCAGUUGAUUGGACAGAGCGGGAGGGAAGACUCCUCCCCCAUUAACCCCCGCAGUCCUCACAGCUAUGGCUAAGACCACACCCAUCCACACUCAAGACAACUUUAUCAACACCUGCUGGCUAAUUACCCGGGUCCACUAAUGGUACAUUUAAGCCAAAAAUAUUGCUAGUGCUGUCAUUCCUUAACAGAGCAGUCAUGCUUUUUUUUUUACAGCUUGGCUCUUAUUUUUAUAGUUUUGACUAAAACUGUCACCAGUAACAAGAACAUGACACUCAUCUAGCAAAUUGCUGAAAUCUGUGAAUGAGGCAACAUCACUAAAAAGACAACAAAAACUAAGGGGCCAUUUGGAAAGGUCAGGGCAACUUGACUGAAAACAGUAGAGUGUUCUUUGGUGGCUUUACAAGCUUGUCAACUUACUCUAUGAGAUAAUUAAUUAUACAUGAUGAAGGGACCUUUGUUUUGAAAGCAGUUUUGGUCCCUCAAGAGUCUCUCCCAAGGCAAUUUCCUGCCUCAACUCAUUAUCAUCAAUUUGAGACCAAUUUCAUCAAUUAUUCUGAUGAGUACAUUGCUGUUGUAACCUUUAAAUACAAUUGUCAAAUCUGUAAAAAUAACUUCUCUAGGAUUAUUGAUUGUAGUUUCACAGAAGUGUGGGCUGCAGCACUAGAGUCCGAUAUGUUUUGGCAUUUACCAACCAUUUCACCACUAUCUUUGUAACCAGUGAAGCCUCUCUCAGCCUGGUCUGCCUGACUAAUAUCUACUGAUGAAUGGUUAUCCUCCUCCUCUGAACUUACCUGAGCUCAGUGUUAAUCUGCCAAGUGUCUUGAAAGCACAUUUAUCCCUCUUGGCUAACAAGAAGCUUUGCUUCAGUGCACACAAAACCCAAGAAUAACCUCCAAUCACACCCAAUUAACCCUUCACCCAAAAACCCACAGUGCAUACAAUCAGCAAAAAUAACCACUAACCCUAAUCCGUAAUCUGUCUGUCUGUGCACUGACAGACACCAUGCCAUGUUUCUGCUUUGUUAAACCAGAGGGAGAACAGCUACACUGCAUAUUUUCUGUACCUGUAUGCUAUACAGUGCAUCAGUUUGAGCCUUAAUUGAUCCUUCAGUAUGCUUAGAGCAUUUUGCUUUUCGCCUGUGCAGAUUAAGCAUGACAUUGAAUUUUGACUAUCAUCUUUUAGCUUUAUAGUUUUGUUCAUUUCUCUCUCUGUCAGUUCAGUAUAACCCCAGUGUCGAUAGUUCUCACAGGUUAGCUAUUAAUAGGAAUGCAUGAAAGCACUUUAUCAUCCUUUACAUUUUUUUUUUUUACUUGAAUUUCAAAAGUGAGUUAUUUAACUUUAAAUUAAUGGGUCAGUUUUGCUGUGAAUAUCACACUUUACUAAAUCUUGGUUUUAAUAUCCGCUCCCUUUAAAGACACGUGUCCUUUUGUUAACCAUCCGUGCUGUUUUCUUUUAAUUUUUUGGUUUUACAGUAGCAGCGAUGUGUAAUAAAACCUUUACAGUUAUUUCCUCUGUCAACAGCAGUCUGAGGUGUGAGUGUGAACUUUUUUAUUCUAAUGCUCAUAGAGUUUAUGACUGGAAAAUGUGCUUCACAUUGUAUUAUUGAUAAUUAUUAUAUAAUGAAGUAA